AUGUACAGUAUGGAUUUCAGGAGGACAAAGCUGGGCAGGUUUAUGAACAACCGAGUUCCAUCUAGCAAGAGAUACCAGCCUACUGAGUAUGAGCAUGCUGCCAAUUGUGCCACACAUGGAUUCUGGAUCAUUCCCAGUAUCUUGGGCGGCUCAAUGUUGCACUUCCUCUCUGAUGACCAAUGGGAGACCAUCUCUGCAUGGAUGUACGGCAUAGGUCUGUCUGGCCUGUUCAUUAUGUCCACCAUGUUUCAUACGGUGUCCUGGAAGAAAAGUCAUCUUAGAAAGGUGGAGCAGCGAUUCCACAUGUGUGACAGGAUGGUGAUUUAUUUCUUUAUAGCUGCAUCAUACGCACCCUGGCUGAAUCUGAGGGAGCUGGGCCCCUGGGCUGUUCACAUGCGCUGGCUGGUGUGGAUCAUGGCCUGCGCCGGCUCUGCAUAUGUCUUCUUCUUUCAUGAAAAGAAUAAGAUCCUGGAUCUGCUGUGCUACACUGCUAUGGGUUCUGUUCCUGCGGUGGUGCUUCUGUCAAUGCCGAAUCGAGAGGGUGUCCUGGAGCUGUCAGUGGGUGGACUCUUCUACUGCCUGGGCGUUGUGUUCUUUAAGAGCGAUGGCCUCAUCCCAUUCGCUCACGCCAUCUGGCACGUCUUUGUGGCAGUCGGGGCAGCCAUUCACUAUUAUGCCAUUUGGAAGUACCUGUACGCAACUGGGACCUGCCAAAUCAAAAUAUCCAGGUGA